AUGCAGCUGCUAGCCUCAUCAAAAUCGAGUUGGCAGUACCUUGGAGUCUUAACCCAAUUGGUGCUUGCUCAGCAAGUUAAUUCUGCACCAAGUCCUCAUCGUCGCGAGGUGGGGGGAAACUUGAUCGAUGACGACCCAUUUGAGGUUUUGGAUCCCCAAAAUUGGGUUGAUCCAGCAAAUAUGACCUGGGCUGACUUCAAAGCCCCACCUGGCACGACUUGGGCUGACCCCUCAAGAAAAGGUUCCAAUAGGAAUUUCAAUAUUGCACUCGUCACUGUCGAUUACGCAGAUAAACCUUUCACGAUUACUUUACCUACUGGAUCAACCAUUUUCAAUAAUCCACAGCCAUCUGCGGGUAACAUCUCACGAGAAGCUGUGCCGGGUUUCUAUCGAGACUUUUUGAAUACCCCCGGUGUACUCAAUAAAGGACAUACGCUUCACGAAUAUUGGAUGAGUGACUCUCAAGGUCGAUUUGGGGUGGACCUUACUGCAUUUGGUGCAUAUCGAUUGCCACUGGCAUCCUACCAGUACGGGAUCGAUGAUGACUUUAACACUGGUGCCUGUCCAGUCGCUGACCCGCCAUGCAACUUUGAGAUUCGAGGAGAUGCUCUUGCAGCAUGGCGUGCAGAAGUUGGAGAUGAUGUUGCAGAUUCUUACGAGCUCGUCUUUAUUCUUUCCGCCGGUCAGGACGAGUCAUCAACAUGGCAAGAGUUUGGAGAGAUGAAAUUCCAAACCAAGGAAGAUGUCCCAGAUUCUUUUGGCCCACCUGUAGGCAGCAAUGUAUCGCAUGUUAACUAUGCGAAAACCAGAUAUGUGGAAUGGUCUUCUUUCGCAGCCUCGUCGACCAUCUGGCCAAAUGCAGGAGGUGGAUCCAGUACACAAGCAGAAAGCUCCGGAAUGGCAACUUAUGCACAUGAAUUGAGCCAUCUGUUGAACAUUGGAGACAAUUACAACAACCCAUAUGGUGUACCUCUACGUCGCGCUUAUACUGGGCCUUGGUCCAUGAUGUCUCGAGGAAGUUUCAACGGACCUGGAGGACCCCAUACAAGAUGGCAAAUUCCAGCCCAAGAAGGAGGUUCCUUGGGAUCACAUCAUACUGUAAGGGAUAAAGCUCAACUAGGACUCAUUGGAGAUGAGAGUAUUCUUCAAGUAUCACGAGAAGCAUUGCCUAGUUCCGGCCCAGUCACAGCCCAAAUCACAGCUCGCGCGGUGGACCCUGGCCCAACCAGUCUCUUGGGUAUCAGAGUCGAGAUGGAUAGUGAUAACUCUCCCACGUGCAGUAUUAACACUGACGUGUUUUGUGACGGUGGCGGUUAUGAUGCUUAUUUUCUUGAAGUGAUUGAUCGGAUGGGUGCUGAUUCUUUUACUCCGGAUCAUGGUGUGAUGAUCAGUAAGAGUAAGGAAGACCGAGGCGGCAUGUUCCAAUGGACGAUUGAUGCGAAUCCUCAAGAUAUUGAACUUCUUGACUUCUACAGACCGGAUGGCACACCUUCUUAUAUCACUCUGGGUGAUUACCGACAAUUGGCCGAUGCCCUAUUUCAUGCUGGCACUGGAUCUGGAAGCGAAUUUGAAUAUGUCGAUACGGCGAAUAGACUGCACUUCUAUAUCAUCGACAUUCAUCGCGACGAUACUGGGGUUCUUUCAUAUACAACUGCUGUUCGAUCAACCACGAACGGGACCAGUUCUCACGUACAUGGAGUGGCUCUUCUUCCUGGGCUCGCAAAGGAAGCACGAAGUGCAACAAUCCAAAAUGGAGCCACUUGCUCUUUCCAGCUCUCCAAUAGUGGUACUUUCUCGCCUACAGCUAUGGAAGCUGGACACCCUGGCGAUGUUUCGGCACACCUCAAGUCCGACGUAUAUCGUCUGAAGGCUGAGGUCGAAGGCUCUGGGUGGAAUGUUAUAUUGCGUAACGAGUUGGUAGCUGUUGAGUUUGGAAGUUCGGUCACGGUGCAGGCUGCGAUUGCUGCUGCGGAUGGUGCUUCCGAAUCUCCCAUGAUUAAGUUGACUGCUAUAUCUGAAAUUGAUCCCUCAGUUUCGGCAACUACUACUUGUUUGGUGGGUUAG